ACACAGUCACAUGUGCAAGUCCUCAAGACAGCUGGCUUUGGAUUAUGGGAUUAUUACAUGCUACAGAUAUCAAUAUAUUGAUUAAGCGAGUGGUCUGGCGCACAACACGAGUGCCAUACUGGCACACACACACACACUCGAAUGAGGGAACAGCUGGUCAGGGAACUCCACGCUGUGAUGUCGAUUUAGCUGUUAUGGAUAAAAACGGGAGAUAUUUUCUUAUUUAAAAGUCUCGGAUAAAGGUCUGGUGGCAUGCCCUUGUCAUCGUGGCCAUUCCACUGGGUGUGGUUUUGUUUUUCUGUGAAUACGUUUCAAGGAAGAUUUCAACCUUGCGGUCAUCGUAUUGACCAAUAAGCUGCUAGUAAUAGCCAAUAGCCAGCUGUUGAAAAGAUCCUUCAAUGCUAUCAAUACAGGAUUUGUGGUUAAAUAUCUAUCUUAAAAUUUAAACCAACUGAAUGCUUCAUAGCAAAGCUGUUCAAGGUAGACAACUGUGGAUAGUUUUGAUGUUGAUGGUUGGUUUGAGGGAAUUGGCAUGGAAUAAGUGACUCUGUUGUAAUUCACUAAAACAACAAGACAUCUCUUAACUGAAUGAUUCCUCUCAGUUAUAGCUCCAAGAGUGGUAUAAUCAUCUUUGCAGUUAUUUAAUCUGUUUGGAUUGAAAACAAGUGGGCAAUAUAUAACAGACUUUACUGCUGGUUGUCCACAGAGCUGUCUGCUGUAUUUACUAUAUACAUCUAGACUGUGUCUGUUUCUUACUAUGGAUAUACCCAGCAAACAACGGACGUUGGGCAAAUAAUGGGAUUACCAGUAGCAUGGAGGAUUCAUUCACAGUACAGAAGAUGUACAAGAGAGAGAAACGGCUUCCAGUGUGGUCAUGUGUUAUACUAGCAGUGUGUCUGUCACUGGGAUUUAUAUCAGCUCAAAACUGUGAUGUCAUUAUCUCAAGCUUGCACUCCUCUGUUAAAAAUGGAACAUUCCACUCUCCAAAUUGGCCAAGUAAAUAUCCGGACAACGUACACUGCAUCUACAAGUUCAUUGGUGGCCGAAAUGAGCGCGUUCAAAUCCGAUUUAAUAAGUUUGAUCUUCAAGGGAGAGCACCAUCCUGUGAGCAUGACUACCUGGAUGUCUACGCCCAGAUCAAGAGUGACCGCGAAAUGGAGAAGCUGCUGGAUGCACAGAUGACCGGACGAUUCUGUGGAGACAUUCUUGGCAAGCUGCCAAACCUGAUCGUCUCCACUAAUAAUGUUAUCAUUCUCUCAUUCUACACCGACGCUUCCAAAUCAAACAAAGGCUUUAGUGGAUUUUACCAAUUUAUCGAUGCUUCCAUAUACAAUAUAGGUACCGAGGCUCCCCCGAGGAUGUGUGGUUAUACCGUGCGCAGCGAGAACAAGAUGAGUGGCUACAUUGUGUCGCCCACGUUCCCUGGAAUGUACCCAGACAAUCUCUUCUGUUACUAUAAACUGCAGGGAAAGCCCGGCCAGCGCAUUCGCUUGAAGUUCCAUGAGUUCCUGUUGUACCAUGGGGGAGAUUAUUGUCCAUUUGAUUAUUUAAAAAUAUACGAUGGUUAUACAAGUGACCGCCCUGUGAUAGGCACAUUCUGUGGUAACUAUAGCAACAAGCCUGUAUUAUACUCGUCCACCGAGGCCUUGCAUCUGGAGUUUGUUACGAGUCAGGGGCGGGUAAUAUUUGGUAAAACAGCCUUGGAGAAUCAGGCCGACUUCAUCUCUGAGAGAAAGGGCUUUAACAUCACGUACGAGUUCAGUGACUACUUCGUCAAUUUAGAUUUUAUACAACCCGAUUCUGAACAUGUAAUAGGAACAGAGUGUGACCAGCGAAUUAUGAGCAAGAAGGAGACAAAUGGAACAAUAACUUCUCCCUCGUACCCCAACUCAUUUCCGCAGAAUGUCACCUGUCGAUACUACCUCGAUGGCUUGAUGGACAGGCAGAAUCUAGAGAAAGCUAGAAUAACAUUUUUUGAUUUUAACAUACCCGGGAAUAUGCCUUACUGUAUGAUUGGCUAUGUGGGUUUGAACGAAGACAGCCGAUUGGGUAAAGGAGCUGUGAAGGAGAAGUUCUGCGGGACCCUGCGCCCCCCGUCCCUGAGCAGCGAGGGGCCGAGACUGGUUCUGACACUGGACACUAACGGGGCGGUCCGCGGGGGGAGAUUCAUGGCCAAAUACAAAUUUCUCACAGAUUUUGCAAUAGCUGGGAUCCCAAUAGGCGAGGGCCUGUGUAAGUUUUUAUAUGACAGCACCAAGGUGAAGGCUGGGUACUUCAACUCACCCCGUCACCCUGGCAACUACCCCGUGGACCAGGACUGUGAGUACAUCUUCCGUCCGUCCAUCGGGGAGUUUGUACUGCUGGCAUUUGAAAGCUUCUUGCUGGAGGAACGGGGGCCCAAUGAGGCGGGAUGUUUACAGACAGACUAUGUAGCUAUAUACGAAGAAGGCCAGCCCAGGAACAACUUCACUCUUGUAGAGAUGCAUUGUGGGACUCUGUCGCCGGGUCCGUUUGUGUCGACGCGAGUGGUGAAGGUCGUGUUCCACUCUGAUGAGGAGGAGAGUCUGAUGGGUUUCAAGGCUUCCUACCAGUUCCUGGCCCAGAGAGACAUGGACUGUGGAUACCACUCGGUCCACGGGGGCGGUAUUGGAGGGGUGAUCAAGAGUCCAGACUACCCCCGCAAGUACAACCCGUCGGUGUUCUGUCAGUGGGUGAUCAAGGCCAGCAAGGACUUGAACCGAAUCAUGCUGGAGUUGUCUCACUUCCAGCUGGAAGGCAAGAUAGAGACAAUGGGGUGUGCUAGCGCGGUGGUUCGCUUGUACACGGACGAGAGAGACAUCCGACCACACCAGAUACUGUGUGGGAAGGUCGGCCUCGACAAAUCUUACAUAUCAGUUGGAACCACUUUCAAAAUCACUUUUGUAAGUGCUCCAACAUCCUUAGGUGCUAAAGGAUUUCAGAUUUCUUGGACUGAAGUGAAUGAAGGAGCCAGUUGCUAUGGUUUUAAAUGUGCUAAGAACAACUACUGCAUUUCAUCCGAAUUAAAAUGUAACAAACUUCCAAACUGUGGCAUGGGGGACGACUCUGAUGAAACAUCCGAAUGUUCAAGUGAUCACCAUAAUGGCCCAACAACUGCCGGGAUUCAGAUUUUACACAUAGCCAUCGGGACAUCAAUAUCUUCAUUUUUCUGCAUAAUUCUUCUAAUCUGUGGUUUCUAUCACCGGCGGAAGUUCCGCUCGGAGCGGACUACUCAGGACCACGACCACGUGGAGGUGCGUUAUGUCUCUGCCCCCACGGGCUGCAACACGACCGACAGGCUGCUCAUGGAGGAUGGCCACAACGCCGUCACGGAGAGUCCGCGGACUUGUCAGAAAGUGUCCAUGGUUUGAUGACAGCAUCAUUAGAUUGUUGGGUUCAAUUUUAUUAAUAAAGGCAGCAUUAUGCAAAGUGAGACUCGGGGUGAAAGUGAAAGUGAAAGUAUACUACCAGUUUGUGUGGUUGAAUCUAUUGUGAAGAGAGCAUGUGAGUCGUGUUUCCAACUCACCUAUAGCAGCAGGGUCUUGGAUGACAGGUUUUAUAACAUCACGUACAACAGAGAAGAAAUCGGUUCCAGGAACUUAUGCAAAACUGCAUGUAAGAACUGAAGAAGAACCGGUUCCAGGGCUACAAAAUGGAUCGUGACAACAGGAAAAGAACUGAUUUGAAGACUUUGAUAGAUUACAUCAGACAAGAAAAGAAACCGGGUCUUCAAAUGACACAUGGAAACCGACAGCCAGUUCCAAUGCCAUAAAAUGGCAAAUCACCUUGCCACAGGAAAAAACCAUCACAUUGAAGGCUUUGAUAUUAGAAGACAAAUGAAGCCAGUUCUUAGGCAUUAAAACGGCACAUGGCAACUAAAACUCAGUUCUCUAUCAGCACAGCACUUUACAACACAAAGAAGGUAGUUCCAGGACAUUGAAAUGGCAUGUGAUACCUGAAAACCAGUUUACGGCCUCAAAAUUGCAUUGGAGAAGAAACCAGUUCCAAAUCUUCACAAUGGCACAAGGCAACUAAAAGACAACAAGUUGCAGAUUUUUGAUGUAGCACUCUUUGAAUGAAGACUUCAAAAGACAUUUUAAGCCAUUUUGAGAAAUAUCUUUAUGACUGUUCAUGAUAUCUGCAGCUUGAUCCAGAGACAGGCCCCGGGACGGACAUGCUCGAAACUCUAGUGGUAUAUGAGCAUGUAAAAAUUAUUUGCACUCGCACUUGAUUCCUGCUACAAGACUGUACACCACAACAGAAAUACACCAAAGACAGAUUAAUGACAUAGCACUUAUUGGUCAGGUGUCAUAAAUUGUGGUGAUGCUGGCAACAAUAUGUUAAAGCUGUGUUUAAGUGAAUAUUGGUUUAUUGAAAACUCAAUCAUAUAUUUAUUUGAAACAUAAGGUGGGUAUUUUUAAUAUUGCCACUGAUAAGAGAGUAUUAGUUGAAACUGCUAACUUGGAGGAACUUCUCCCACUAUUACAACCACUUAAUAAUGUCUCUCAGAGAAAACAAAAUAAACGUAUACCAUGCAUGUAAGCAAUAACUAACAGCAACAAAAUCACAAAACAAAAGACACACAAAACCACUACAAAAAUUGGACUUCAGUCUUUUUGUCAUGGUACAAAAGUAGUUUGGUACAGCUACGAACUGGUGUAUAGCAAUAACACUUAAAGAUAUGAAACAGUUGGUGAUCUGGUGUUGAACACAUGAUCAGUAAAAUUAUCUGUUUCCGGGGUCUAACAUUAAUGGAAAUGUUAAUUAGUCCUUUUUCUAAACAUGUAAAUAUCUCUGAAGCAAAUUACUGUGUGUGUCUGUGUACUGGACAAAAUGAUUCUACAGAUAAUCAACUUAUUAAUUAAUGACUGUGCAGAUUGAAAGAUGUUUUUAAUGGUUGUGGACAUUUUUCAAGCAAUGGUCAUGCACUUACACAAUUAACAAAUCUCAGGGUGCCAUAACAUAUUUUGCUUAAUUUGCUUGUCACUGUGUAUGUUAAGAAGAUCCAGAGAUGUUUAAGCACGUUACUUCGGCUUGUUGAAGCCAGCUUGUCCUAUGGUGCUAUGUGUAUAUCAUCUAUCUGUAUAUAUUAGAAUGGCAGAAACGAAAACAUGUCGAACAUUAUGUUGUUGAAGCACAUGGUUAUGUAUAGUAUGUUCAAUCAAUCGCUCAGUUAUCUGUGUGGUGAUUAUCAAUUUUGAAAGUAAAUUAAUUAUCAUUAUGGAAGACUGUAGUAUAUAUGAAUGGACUUAAUGUUGCAAUAUGAGGCAGACUGCAUAUUCAUCUACAAUUUCAAUCAUUUAAAAUGAUUCAGUCAUCUUCUAAGUUUAUAUAUGGUAAUUGCAUUCAUUUAUUGUGAAUAAAUCAUUAGUUUUUUUCUUCAUGAAACACGCUCUUCUCAAAUUUGAUACAUUUUAGUACCAGUAGGCUGUAUCGUAUUGUGUUGACUUUUAACAAAUAAUGUAUUGCAAAUGAAGCAGAAACAAAUUAUUUGGCUGGAAAUACAGUUUGGCAUGACUUUUAUGCAAUGGGUUACAUGAAAUAAUUUGUUUUCAAAGAUAAUCUUGUGAAUCAGUAAUGAGUUCUUGAUGCAAAAAGUACAAGCUUUGUUAAUUUAACAACAUACCUAGGACCAGUAGAUUAAAGCAUGGAGAAACUACUCUGGUUUAUUGAUCUAUUAAAAUGUAACAUCUGUGCUUUGUUUUGCAUUAUGUAUACUACAUGUAUAUCUCUUAUGUACAAGUUGCAUACAAUGUUUGUGGAGUAUUUUACAGCUGACACUGAGACACCAAAACCUAGGCCAGGUUCUCUUUGAUGGAAAUAUUAGUCAGUUGUGCAUUGUUUACUACUGAUGUUCAUUUGGGGACAAACACAAAUUAAUGAUGGUGUAAAAUCACAUAUAACUUGCUUGUAGAUUUUAAGUUUCAUAUCCUUUGAAUAUUUGUUUUUUUUUUGUAGGAAAAGCUUUUUUUUUUUUUGCAAUUUGUUAAAUUCCAAGAGACAUUCAUAUUUGUUAACGUAUCUUAUGUGAUACCGGUAUGUAUAUUAUAAGUGCUGGAGCAGAAGGAAUAUUCAGUAUUACUCAGUAUGAAAGAAAGAUUUAUUAUUGAGAAGUUGAAGUUUACAACUUGUGUAAAGGUCCAAGUUGCUAUUAAUCUGUUUUUGCUCAAUAUGGACACUAGAGAAACACAAUCUCUCUUAAAUACUUUAAAUUACUGUAGUCUUUUUAUGUCUAAUUCAGCAACACACAAACCUAACGAACUAAUGGCCAAAUGCAGUCCAUAUAUAUACUCAAUAUACAUGUAUAUGUACCUUCUACUUUGGAACCAGUUCUCAUAACCUGCAGUCUGUUACAGAAAUUCCUUGUGAAUUGGUAAAGUAGAACCUGUCAAUUGACAUACUUUGUGUUUAAUAUGUUAUCAUAGAUCUCAUCAGCUUAACUUGACAUAUGUUAUCAUAGAUUUCAUCAGCUUAACUUGACAUAUAUUAUCAUUUCAUUGUUUUCCAUUUUUAAAAAUUAUUCUCUAUAGUUUUAACUACUAUAAUGCUGGAGGACAUUUAUAAUAUAGAAUGCAUUUAAUGCCCAUUGCAUUAAAGGGACAGACCCUAGUGUUUAAACACUAAGGCAUAUUUUUCACUAUUAGAGCCGUUUAUGAUAACUGAAAUCAAACAUUACUUAUAUUGUAUUGUUUAGAUUAUCCAUUCCCG